GGAAUCGAAUGGUACACGUUGUGCACACCCAGCGCACAUGGGAUUGAUUAAAAACCAUUCGUCCGUGUGAAUCAGUUUCGUUUGCUGAUUUUUUAAAAAAAGCAUACAUUUAGAUUAUAGCAAUCAUCACUUGCCAACCAUUCUUUGUUUUUUUUUUUAAUGUUCACUCAUCAUCAAACCUAAACGACACCAAAUUAACGGAAGAGGCUAAAAAAACGGACAAAAGUUACUAAAGAACAUUCAUAAAAAUUAGAAGAAAAAUUUUUAGUGAAUCGUGAAUAUUGAUCAAGGAUAAUAAUCUCUAUUUUAAGGAAUCGAAUGGCACCGUAAGGAUUUCAAUUCUUUUCGUUUUACAAAACCACUCACACUCGACAGCCGAACACAUACACACAAAUCGUUUAUGAACGACAAUUGCAACCGAAAUUACAACAGAAUGUUAAAUGUACAAGCACACACACAUAAUAUGGAAUUGCCGAUGACGGCGACCAGUACACAUGUAUCACAUGAUACCACCGUCGGCCGAUGCUCACCGCUCAACUCUGGCGUCGAUUCCAAAGUCAAUUUUAUAUUCACACAAGAACAAGUUGAAUGCGUCUGUGAGGUAUUACAACAUUCGGGUAAUAUUGAACGGCUGGGUCGUUUUCUGUGGUCGCUUCCACCCUGUGAUAAAUUGCAAUUAAAUGAAUCAGUAUUGAAAGCAAAAUCCGUAGUGGCGUUCCAUCGUGGACACUUUAAGGAGCUAUACCAUUUGCUUGAACAUCAUCAAUUCUCACCGCAAAAUCAUGCAAAAUUACAGUCACUCUGGCUGAAAGCACACUACAUUGAAGCCGAAAAAUUACGCGGCCGACCGUUGGGAGCUGUUGGCAAAUAUCGAGUCCGACGGAAAUUCCCAUUACCGCACACAAUCUGGGAUGGCGAAGAAACUUCAUAUUGUUUUAAGGAAAAAUCACGUUCAAUUCUUCGCGAAUGGUAUGCACACAAUCCAUAUCCAUCGCCUAGGGAGAAACGAGAGUUAGCCGACGCUACAGGUCUCACAACAAUGCAGAUUUCAAAUUGGUUUAAAAAUCGAAGGCAGAGGGACAGAGCUGCUGAACAUAAAGAGUCUGAAGAAGUACGAAUUUAAGGCCAUUGGAUGAACGCAAUCUAAAUAAGAAAAAUAAAUAAAUUAAAUCUCUCUUUUUCUCAUAAGUUAUAAUUAAAUGAAUGGUUCAUCCGUGCAUGAACUAAGUCGACGAAUUUUAAAUAUUAAAUGUAAUUGUAAGUUUUUAGCAUUUGUAAGAACAAAAUAAAUCCUGAAAAUUGUAUAGUCAAACUUAAUCGAGCUUAACUUUUGAAUUUUGGCUUACGAAAUUAUCAAAUAGUUUAAAAUUUUAAUUAUUAUCUAUGAAUGAAGAGGAAAAAUGAAAAUUUGUAAUUGUAAACACACAAAUACACAUACAGAGAAACACAAAUAAGCAAACAAACAAAAAGAAAAACACAUGAAAAUAGAUGUAAAAUAAAACCACACAGUUUUUGAACUGAACUGAACAAUAUAAAACAAA